GUUUUCUCCCCGACGUGUAUUAUAAAAUGAUAAUCAAAUAAAAUUCCAGUGACUUUUCGUGAAAAUAUUAUGUGAACUUUGGUAUAAUCAUAAUUAUAAUGAAGUGUUUGUACUAUCAACAUUCGACCAUAGUGUGGUUAGGUAUACUGACCUUUAUUUCUACAUGCGAGAAUGUGAGUGAGAUGCACCACAGAACUAAAGGAGCUACAGAAAAACAACACGACCUCUGGUGUUACAGAUGCGAUACAAUGUUAGAUGGAGAAAGAUGUUUAGAUGUUGAAGGAAACAAUAAUUCUUAUUUGCAUCAUAAAUGUACCAGAGAACAAAAAAAAUGUCAGGUCCGUAGAAUAUCGAUGUCGACAAGUACAGACGAAAUAACGGGCGAACCAAAACUUUGGUUACUACAAAGGAACUGCACCGAAAGUUGCGAACCUGGUUGUAUAAUAAUUGGUGAACGUACUAAACUUCACUCCUGUAUAACAUGUUGCGACGAGUAUAAUUACUGCAACGCCGGCGGCGGGGCUUCACCGAAUCGUCACAUUUCUUGUGCAGUUCUAGUUACAAGUUUCGCUAUUUUACGAAUCGUAUUCGGUUUAGUGAGAUGCAAUCGCACUUUCUGUAGAUAACAGAAAAUUACUUUAAUUUAAAGUUAAUGUUUCAAGCGAAUUGUUUACAUACCUACGAUGUAGGUAAUUUGAGUCACUACGGACAGUAUUUUUUGAGAAUUAUCGAUUUUGAGAAAAUCGACUUUAUUUGUAACUUGUGUAGAGGAUUUCGUUUUAUCAAUGAGGACGAUAUUGUGGUUCUAAAGGAAAUCAUGUCAAAUUACUUAUAAAUAAAUAAAUAACCCUCAUCAUAACCACAACAUUAUAAAAAAGACAAAAAUUUAGGUUAGAAACUUAUUAAGACUCAAUCCGUUGUGCGCAAGCGUUGUGAUGGUAGUAGGCACACUGUAGUGGGAGGGGCUUCAUCCCUCGGAAGCACCAUUUUUCUAUCUCACUUAUUCAGACUCAAUCCGUUGUGCGCAAACGUUGCGAAAGUAGUAGAAGCUUCAUCCCCGGAAGCAGCGUUCUUCUAUCUCACUUAUUCAGACUCGAUCCGUUGUGCGCAUGCGUUCCGAAAGUAGUAGAAGCUUCAUCCCCGGAAGCAGCGUUCUUCUAUCUCACUUAUUCAGACUCGAUCCGUUGUGCGCAAACGUUGAAAAAGUAGUAGGAAAGUUUCAUACCUCGGUUGCUAAUAUCCAUUAUAAUAACCAUUUUUUGGUCAAAUCACGCACGGGUAAUUUUUUAUUUGUUAUUAUAUAUUACUUUAUAUUAUUGUAAAUAAAAAAAAUGUAUAGAAUUGCGCUUGUGAGCAUGCUCCAUUUGAGAGCAUGCGCAUAGUCUAAAUGACGUAUGUAAAUAUGUCUGCACCGAAGUAUUAAAUAUAUGGUCGAAUGUUCCGUUUAGUUUAUUUUUGAAGUCGAAUUAAUCAAAAAUAAUCGUUUAUUUACCAAAUUUGUGCCAAGAGACUGCACUUGUUCCAGAUCAUCUAAUCUUAAUUGUAGAUAUCGUUUUCAAUAAAAUGAACUACAUAUUUUCAUUUUACAUUGAUGAGUAAUAUUUAACCGAAAGAUGUUAUAAAACGAAACAUACAUAUUCACAUAAUCUGUUACUAUAAGUGCGGUUCGCAUUCCAUUUAAAUUGGAAAUUUACGAUCGGGUUAAGUUAUGUACAAAUACGUUUCCAUAAAUGGGAUUAUGGAAGCUUAUUAUUAUUUUGUUUUAGUCCAGUCAUUUUAGGUAGAUUUAGGCAAGAAUUUCGGAAAAUCGAGAUACUCAGCUAUAAAGUCGUUCAAACUUGUUCAUUUGACAUCCUAAAACUCCUCUCAAAAUUUACAUAUAAUUCGAUGUGAGCAACUUUAAAAAUUAGGGCUCAAAAGUCAAAAAAAUCGAUUUUUUGCAAAUAACUCGUUUCCUAUGGGUUUUGUGCUAUUUGUGUUUAUUAUCAAUAUUGUUGGUCAUUGAAUUCUCUACAAAAAUUUUUUCAUACGGUGAAUCGUUUCUGAGAUAAAGGACUGAGCGCGCGGGGCUAGAAUCCCGUUUGAAAUAUAUAGUCCCGAUCAAAAUAAUUACUUAUAUAUAUUUAUAAAUAAUACUUAUUUUUAAAUAAAAAAAAAACAGGAAAGAUAGAAAAAUGUUAAUAUUUAUUAUAAAAUGUAAUUCGAUACAUUUGUGAUUGUUAAAAUUAAAAAAACAAAAAAUAAUUACAAGGACAAUGAGUUCUAAUUUCAAUUUUCUUCAUCUUCGUCGUGAUCCCGCUGAACUGGACAGUUUUUUUCUUCAAAUGCUGCUGCAAGUUCAUCCAUAUUAUUAUUAUUUUGAUCGGGACUACCAGUUGAUUUUAAACAUUAUUCUAACCGCGCGCCCUCUGCCUUCUAUCUCAGAAACGAUUCACAGUAUGAAAAAAAUUUUGAAGCAAAAUUUGUAGGGAAUUCAAUGACCUACAAUAUUGAUAAUAAACACAAAUAGCGUAAAACCCAUAGGAAACGAGUUAUUUGCAAAAAAUAUGCAAAACAAGUUUAAACAACUUUAUUCCUAGGUGAAGUACCUUAAAUGACUGGACUAUUAUUG